GUUUGUGGGGGGGCGUGUGUUCCUCUUGCACAAGCGCUCCCGUGUUGCGUAGUCUGGAAACCUGACGUGGUGAGCCAGCCGAGCAGUCAGAGCGACAACGGCGUGUGUGUGUGUGUUUGUGUGUGUUUGUGUGUGACAGAGUUGCGGCGGGGCAGAUCAGAAAGUGCCUGUGGCUGCGCUCCCCCUCGGCUCGCGCACCCCUCUCCGGUCCGACGGAGUCGCACGAGACUGGCGACACGCUCCGAAGCCGGUCUUCUGGCCGCGGGUGACCCGAGGAUCCCACUUUGACGAACAGACUCGGGCUCCGCUGGCAGGAAAGGUGGAACUAAACUACAUUCAUUGACUUGUGAGCGAUGCACUGGCAGCAUGGCCAAGUGGUUCAAGGAGCACCUAGGAUUCAAAACUACCAAAGCACCCCCUCCGGCGCCCCCGAAGCCGGACUACAGACACUGUCACACCGGUGUGCCCAGUGCGCCUGGCUACCAACCAACAAGCUCCGGGGCCACCUUCCCGAGCCCCGCUCAGCCGGACAUCCUCGCUGCUUACAAACUACAAAAGGAACUGGACUUCGAGGACCCGUACACUCCAGGUGGAAAUAUUUCAUUUGCCUCCAGCUUGAACACUGUGGGGUCGCCGGAUAUCAAGUAUGUGUCACCAAAGCACCGACUUAUCAAGGUGGAAACAAUCGAAAAGAGCAGCCCGGCUCCGGGCGGCGGUAUUACAGUCACCCAGGCUGUUGCUGUGGGGAGUGUUAAAUCUCCUACUUCACCUCCCUCGGACCACGACAACAAGGAGAAGCUCAUUAUCCUCGAAGACUAUGCGGACCCUUUCGAUGCUGAGCAGGCUGGCGGCACUCAGACCACCACGGAGAAAGUGACAACCGAGAAUGAUGGCUACAUGGAGCCAUAUGAGGCCCAGAAGAUGAUGGCAGAAAUACGAUCUGGUGGGCGAGGGCCUAAGGAGGGCUCGGCGAGGCAGCUGCCCCUGUACGACACGCCAUAUGAGCCAGCCGAGAACGGCGGUGACUCAGACCCUGAGCGCUUACUCUGCCCCAGAGAAAGCCGUCUGCCCCAGGAUGACGAGCGACCCCCUGAAGAGUACGAUCAGCCCUGGGAGUGGAAGAAGGAGAGGAUUUCCAAAGCCUUUGCAGCUCUGCUUUGUUAUGACUGCAUUAGCUACGAGGGCUCUGUAAGUGGCACUGGAACAGUUCCCCACAGAAGAAAGGACUGCACCUCUAAAUCCCUCACAGUAGAGAUUAAAGUGAUCAAGGACCUUCCGUGGCCCCCUCCUGUCGGGCAGCUCAACACCAGCCCUCCCCCAGUGGAGGAGCUGGAGUCUCCCUCCCAGACAGCUCAACCCUCGCCAGGACAGACAACCUGUGACCAGCACCACCAGGUCCAGUUUGAUGGUGUAGAGAAGUCUCGAAUGUCACCCACCAAGGAGGGGAAAACUCGCCCGCUGCAGCGGCACUCCAGUGGCUGUUUGGUAAACACCAAAAUGACUUCACUGGACCACUGCAGCUCCUCUCUCGGGGAACGCAUUGAUCCCACCAUGCCCCUGGAAAGCCAGUUCUGGUACCAUGGAGCCAUCAGCCGAACAGAUGCUGAGUCCCUGCUCAGGCUGUGUAAGGAGGCCAGCUACCUGGUGAGAAACAGCGAGACCAGCAAGAAUGACUACUCUCUCUCCCUUAAGAGCAGCCAGGGCUUCAUGCACAUGAAGCUGUCACGGACCAAGGAGAACAAGUACAUCCUAGGCCAGAACAGCUGCCCUUUCGACAGCGUGCCCGAGAUCAUCCAUUUCUACUCCAGCCGCAAGCUGCCCAUCAAGGGUGCCGAACACAUGUCCCUGCUCUACCCCGUAGCCAUCAGGACACUAUAGUGCUCUGGGUCACCUGCAGGCGUCGGCCCCUGCAGCACUCACUGGGCCACCCUGUGGCUCCAAAGUUCCUGUCCCUCGUAACAGAGCCCUACAGGCUCAUGGGAAGAUAAACAGUGGCAUCCCAAACUGCUGAUUCUGACUCACCUCACUGGCCGACAGAUUCCAGACCUGUUUUGAAGGCCUACUGCAUACUAUCUCAUACAUACAGACUCAGUGUUGCAGAAGUCUUUUGUUAUUUUAUUUUAUUUUAUUUAUGACAGACACCCACGUCAUGACAUCACAGACUGACUAUCUGAGGAACAUCAUUUCAUUGAUUCUUGAGCUGAUUUCCCUUAGCACUUAACACUCAAAGAAAGGUACACAACAUAGCAUUUGUCACUGGGAUGUACCUUUUAUCAUAAAAUGUUGUACCUUUUUUCCUAAGAGUGCACAUCAUGACAACUGUGUAGGAGUUUGUUGGACUUUUCUCAUUUGGUUAGGCUCUGUUGAUACUGUACGAGUAAUUGUAUUUCAAGGGGACUUGAAGAUUGUAAGAGCCGUGUAAGCGAAGCGACAUUUAUGAGGCAUGUUGAGGGAUAUUGUCCACAUGGGCCUCAUACAGUGGCCAGGAUAUUGAAUAAACCGGCCUUGUAUGAAUGGUGUGUCCCCAGCUGCUCGGAAACAACAGGCCUGUGAGCUGUGCAGACUGAUCUCUCUAUCUUGUCAUAGUACAUGCUGUCUGCUAUCCAUCACUGAGUGGGUGUAUCACACCAAUGACAGUGUAAGUACCAUAGUGGUGAGACAGGCAGGAGAGCAUGAUGGAUGGGUCAACCCAUCUGACACAGUACAAUUGGCUGAGGCUAGAGACCAGAGCCUGUCCAAAUGGACCAAAUUACCCCCGCUACCCCUGCUUAGAAUGGCUUUGCAUCGGGAGAAUGAAAUAUGCCUGCAUUGUCUACCUCAGAAAAUCAAUUUCAUUCGCCCAUCUGCAGAUCAAUAGGUACAAUGGGAUUGCAGACAUCGAUCUGCCCUCCCUUCGACAUUCCCAAUUCCCUCAAAAUUGCAUCAGCAUUAGUUUAGGAAUAUGUUUUGGUUUUUUUUUAUACAGUUAAUCCAAUUUUUUUUUUUUAUGAAAACAUAAGCAGAUUUUCCAGAUCAGCAAUUGUAUGUAUAGUCACUAAUAUGAUACUGUGUGAUGUCAGUAACAAAUGUUUGGUUAAUGCCUUAUAAUGCAUGGGUCAAAUCAGUCCUCUAGAUCAGCUGAUUUCCAAUUCUGCUUUUAACGAUUGUUCUGUGACUGUAAUUUAUUCUGGGGUAAUUAUUACUGAUGUGUUACUCCUUUGUGAUGGCCCGUCGGCCCCCUCGCCCUCAUCGUUGUGUGCCGAUGUGAUCGUGUUUUUUGGGACUACAUCAGCCUCUUUUACUGUGGUGCUUUGCAUUUUUGUUGUAUCAAGUUCUGCUAAAUGCACGUUUGCCUCGGUGGCCUGGCUUUGGAACUCCAGUCAUGGCGUCUCCUGACCAACGGGAUUGUCAAGCCUCUCGUGAGAGACAAUUGCAAAUUCCUCUGGACCAAUCACAGCGCAGCCUGUUCAAACCGGAAAAACACCUACCUUCGACCUGUCAUACUUCCUCAGCAUUAAACCUCUCUACCAUCUAUUCUUUAUUACCAGAUGUGCAUACAUGUGUGAAUGUGAGUGAAUGCACGUAUGCAUGUGUCCAACAUGUUCUUGCGUACGGUAUAGGUAUGCAUAUGCGACUUUCUGAGUUCCAGUGUGUAUUUUACCCUGCUGGUACAAACUGGUGACAGCCUUUGCUUGAACCUCUUUGGUUGUCAGAGAUUUGCUUUUUUCCCCUGAACUCAAGAAACUAGAAUUUGACUGAUAUGACUCACUUAUUUUCAUUUCCUCUUGUAUUCACUCAUUAACCACAUUUGAUUUUGGCGAUUCAUAGGACUGACAUGUCUGUCUUUUAGCCUAAUAAACCACAAUGUAUUGCUGACCAAUUACAGCAAGUAACAGCAUUUACACAAAGUACAAGCCAGCAGUAUCUACACCGUGAACUGAGUCUAAUGAGAGUGCCUAAUGCUUGUAUGAUCAAACUGGCUCUUCAGAGGAAAUCCUCGUCAGUCUUAUGAGUGGCAAAAUUCACUUGAUAAAAUGGUUUAAUGAGCAAAUCCAAGUAAAAUGGAAAUUUUGGGGGCUUUGUCCAAGCUGAGAAUUACUGACACCAGGAAUUAGAGGCUGAAGCAAGCAUGACCAUUGUAUAAACAAAGUCAAAUCAGUUUUGGCUUUGACUAUAUCUCCAUUAUGUGCUAUGCAAACCUAAACUGCAGUCAUUGAAGGGAAAAAUGAUUGGAGUGUGUGCCUCCACCAAAUGUUUAUGACAAACGUGAUGGUACAAAAUGUCCACCUGGAAGAAAAGUAAUCAGCAGAAUGACCUGAUUAGUAAAAAUAGUUUGGAGAAAGUGGGAUGUACGCAGAUGUUUAUUUUGUUGGUGCAGUAAGUGAGCAGACAGAUGUCACUGUCAUCAGAUAAGUAUGUCAUGUGUCUGAUCAUGUGAUGAGGCAACCUCAUGCAGCUUUAUUAGGAGACAGUAUGUUGUGGAAGUGGACCUAUGUAUUUCCUUGAGAGAAGAUAUCCUAAGAAGAAAUGCAAAUUAAAUAAACUAUAUGUGUGAUGUAUCCUUUAUGUUCCGAAUGUUCCAUGUUUAAGAGAUCAAAUGUUGACAGUAGAUGCUCUUUAUUUAGUUACUGCUGCUGAUGAGUAUUACUCUACCAUAGGAAAGAGCCUGCGUAUGAUGGCCGCACUGCCUAGAUAGAGGCCUUAGCUUUGGAGAAAGGGAAAACAGGAGACGUGGAGGGGAAGAAUAAGGGAGAGACAGAGGGGAAGGUGUUCUGACAGAGGGAGGAAUUUGCUGCAAUCAGCAGACACACUCUUCACAUCCGUAUAUCUCUAUUAUGAGAACAUGAAAGAGCCCUUCUCCUCCCUCAGAAGUGUCUUAAAAUGUGUGUGUUUGUGUGAGUGUGUGUGUGUGUGUGUGUGUGUCUGUGUGGACACACAAUUGUGCAUGCAUAAAACAGUGUUUGUGUGUAUAUGCAGGUGCGUAUGUGUGUAUACUGGUGUAAGCAGCCAUCAGCCAUUGACUUGCCCCGUGUGUAUCUUGUGUAUCACUUUACUGUGGUAAAGUGGCAUGUAUGAGUUUCCUUUGUGUACAUUUUCGUGCCACGUAUGUAUGCACUACUAUAACAUAUCUCUGUACAGUCCCUCAUGGCCAAAUGUAUAUACUGAAUGUAUUGUGUGGGGACAUAGAGGCAUCAAGUUUAAAACGAAAUAAAAUUGGGUUUAUGAGUUAAA